AUGUCUUCUACUUAGGCUAAUACACUGACUCCUGGGCAAUCAAAUGUACCUUUCCCAGUUUUUGGAGAAAACAUUACUAAGCUACAUAAUUUUGUGCAAACAACAGUUUGGUUUUCCUUGCUAUUUACACUUCUAUUCAACCUGAUUACUAACUUCCAUGAUACUCAGUAUAGAAUCAGAGAGACUAUGCCUAAUUUUAUAUUGUUCUACUAGCUCAUUCAGAUAGAUCAAGCUUUUGAAGUGAGCUGGUAAAAAGCAAAUGUAAUGUCAAUUGCAAUGCAGACACUAGCAAGACUGACCUUUGGAAUUGUAUCAUUACCAUACUUUGUGAAUGAGCCAAACACCCCAAUCGUUACCUUAACUCUUAUGAUGUUUUGUCUAGUUGAAAGUUUCAGAUAUGCAUUCUAUUUAAUAAAGUAGUUGGGGAAAGAAGAUACUUCUCUAGGGAGAUUCUUAGGAAUUGUUAGAUACAACAGUUUUAUUAUAUGCUAUCCAAUUGGAGCAUUAGGAGACUGGCUGGUGCUUUGGUGGGCUAGAGGACCAGUAUAUGAAGCAAAGUUACUUUCAGUUGAAAUGCCAAAUACUUAUAACUUUACAUUCAGAUUUGGAGACUUAAUGGCAGUAAUGGGAAUCUCUUAUUUCUUCGUGUUCCCAUAGAUUUAUCUGUAUCUUCUGCAACAGAGAAAAAGAUACUUCUUGUCUCAGAGAGAACAGAAGAAUUCAGAUAAGAAAGACGAAUGA